AUGGAUCCUUCAGCAUUUAUCGACCCUUAUCUCACCCUUCCUGAUCAAUUGGUGCUGCAGGAGCUCCUCAAGAAUGAAGAUGCAAAAAGCAAAACCAAGAAAACAUCUGAAACUGUCCAAACGCUACAGUCUCUGAACAAUCCUACGGAAGUAGGAUUCGAUCCGACAGUCUUCCAGUUCUGGGAUACCCAUCAGUUGCACACCCAACUGCCCCUGUUCGUCCAGAAAUAUGCCCUUAAUCCCUAUAUUGCCUGGGCUCAGGAGGUUGCCCGGUAUCCUACAGACGUGGUGAUGGUCACGCAUCUGUCGAUCUAUUUUGGAAUGUCUAUUCCCAGCGCCAUCUGGCUGCACUGCUACCACUUCACCUGGGUCCACCGGUUGCUGCAUUGGAUCUUGCAUGUGUGGUUCGCAGGCACGUACACCCUGAUGAAGCAUCAAUAUGUCCAUAUGAAUGGCGUCCUGGCCCCAAAGUAUCGGGUAUUUGACCGACUGUUUCCCUACCUCGUGGAUCCGCUGGUGGGCCACACUUGGAACUCAUACUACUACCACCACGUUAAGCAUCAUCACGUCGAGGGUAAUGGGCCGGCAGACCUCAACUCGACCAUGUGGUAUGAUCGCGAGUCGAUCACGGAUUUUGCCUGCUACCCAAAGUAUGCUCUGAAGACGGCGUUGUGGGAGGGGAGCAACUACUACUUCAUCUACCUGAUGUGGAGAUAUGUCAAUCAUCGCGCGGCCUUUUGCGUGUUCAUCCUACCACUGCUGACUCUGCGACUGGGCCUGAUGGCGGGCAAUUGGGGACAACAUGCGUUUGUGGAUCCUGACGAUCCGACAUCCGACUUUCGGUCGAGCAUCACCUUGAUUGAUGUUGCUAGUAACCGCUUCUGUUUCAAUGAUGGCUACCACACCUCGCACCAUCUGCACCCAUGUCGCCACUGGCGGGAUCAUCCCGUGGCCCUGCUGAAAGACCGAGACCGCUACAAGGAUUACGAGUAUCUUGCCAAGUGUAUGGUGCCUCUGGGCGCGGAGCAGGCCAAAAUGACCCUGCAAGAGUGGGCUGAUAUGUUGCGAGGCAGGAUGCGGCGCUUUCUGAAGGAGUACCUGCAAUGA